AUGAGCGCCAAGAAGUCGGUGAUUGAGCUGCGCCACCCGUCGGGCUCGCGCGCCGAGGUGCAGCUGUACGGCGCGACCGUCACGGGCUUCUACGCGGCGCAGGAGCCCGAGCGCAACGUGCUGUUCCUGUCGCGCCAGGCGCUGCUGGACGGCAGCAAGCCCAUCCGCGGCGGCAUCCCGCUGGUCUUCCCCGUGUUCGGCGCCGCCGAGGGCUUCCCGAACCACGGCUUCGCGCGCGUGAACCACUGGAAGCUGAGCCAGCUGGACCAGACGGUGGGCGACGACCAGAGCCCCACGGUCGCCACCUUCGCGCUGGACGUGACGGAGGACAUGAAGGCCAUGUACCCGCACGACGUGGCGCUCGUGUACGAGGUCAAGCUGUUCGCCAACGCGCUGGCCACAGCGCUGCACGUGCAGAACAAGUCGGACCACGAGGUCGCCUUCCAGGCGCUGCUGCACACGUACCUGUCCGCGGACGACGUGCGCGACGGCGGCGUCGUGGUCGAGGGGCUCAAGGGCGUGGCGUACCACGACAAGGUGGCGGCCGCGCAGCAGACGGAGACGCGGGACGUGCUGGGCUUCGCCCAGGAGACGGACAGCGUCUACGCCAACGCGCCGUCGCCCGUUGUGGUCCGCAUGAAGCGCGCGGGCGGCAAGGAGCAGGUCGUGACCGUGGAGAAGGAGGCCUUCAUCAAGAGCGGCGCCUCGCAGGUCCCGCAGCCCAGCGACGUCGUGGUGUGGAACCCUUGGGUCGAGAAGAGCAAGGGCAUGAGCGACUUCGCGGACGACGAGUACCCGACCAUGCUCUGCGUCGAGCCCGGACGCGUCAGCGAGCAGCAGAAGCUGCCGGCCGGACAGACCUUCACGCUGCAGCAGGCCAUCAAGCUGUCGGCACUCUAG